CGGGUGUCUUUGUCAGACGCCAUCCUGUGUGAGAAUAAAAAAGGCAGAUGUUUGGUGUGGAAAGCGGUUCGGAGAGGGAGGACGAGAAAGAUGAAGGGAGGGAUCAGUGAGUCACAUUUUUCAGAGGAACCUGAAGACAGCUGGCGAUGAGGGACGUGACGUGGAUUUAUGCGGUGGUUAUCUUCCUGUCGUCUGAAGCACGGAGCGGGGUUACAGGAACUAAUCAAAGCACCACUGUGAACUCCAGCACAGUUUAUGUUGUCAGACAUGUAGCUUUCAUCCGGGGGAGUGAAGUUAACCUGACAUGCAGCAAUAAGACGUGGAAUGACAUGAUCUUUGUGAUCUGGAAUAUAACAUUGCAAACCAAAAAAAACUGUCAAAUAGGUUACAGCAAUGGCAAAAGCGUUGAUUUCUGCAAAGAUGGCAAAUCCCUCCGAAACACAUCCAGCGCCUUGUCCUACCUUCACAUCUCAAAAUUCUCAGAUUCCGACGAGGGGCUAUAUAAGUGUCAUUCGGUUUACAAAGGAGGAAUCGACCAUUAUGCCAUCCAUGUGGCUAUAAUAGUUCCUCCCAGUACAUCAGCCUGGUUGGACCGUAAAGACAACAAGAUGGUGGCAGUGUGCAGGGCUGAACGAGGAAAACCUGCCGCCAGCAUCACCUGGAGUCUCACGGGGAACAUAUCCUCUAAGGAAACGAGCUCAAACGGAUUCUUUACAGUAGAAAGUCGCCUGGAGCUCCUCGAGGGAAUGGACACAGAAAACCUGAGCUGUGUCAUCAGGCACCAAAACUCCACUGAGAAAAUUAUGUCUUUUGCACUGAAACACGAAAAAGGUUAUCCCCCUUGGCUGUACGUCCUUAUCGUCGGGGUAAUCAUAGUGCUUUUAGCAGGAUUUGUAUUUUUUGCACAAAAGAAAAUAAUAACCUUGAGGCGAUGCCGGCAGUCCGACACCUCAGCAUCCAAAUGGCCACCGGCCGAGGAUGUGGAGGAAGUGGAGCCCUACGCCAGCUACGUUCAACGCGAGAACUCGAUCUAUAAUUCAUCUGCAGAUUUGACCACAUAAAAACCCUGCUUCAUGCAUCACGCGCAUACACUUACAUGCACAUUUCUUUUUGAGAAACCGAAGGCUGUGAAACUGAGAAAUGGUGAAAUAGUGAUGAAAGAGGAGAGUGAGACUAAAGACUGAGAGAGGGGAGUCUGAGUUAAACUCAACUUUUCUGUUGACGGAUGGAACGGGGUUUGUACCUGAUGUCACACACUGAUGCAGGCCACGACUCUCUCUAUCUCUCUGUGUGUGUGUGUGUGUGUGUGUGUGUGUGUGUGUGUGUGUGUGUGUGUGUGUGUGUCAGGGAGAACAUUAAUAAUAACGGAAGUUACAGAUGAAUAAUGGAAGUUACAAAUGCAAUCGAUUGCUGAAUUGGAAAGAAUACCGCCUUCAGCUCAGUAUGCCAAGACUACAGAAAUAUAUGGUUGGGAAUUAUUAUUAUUAUUAUCAUUAUUAUUAUUAUUAUUAUUAUUAUUAUUAUUAACACAUAUUUAUAGAUAAACUGUCACCUUUUAGCUUUGGUCAACCAAAUAAGAUCCCAAUUAGAGAACACGGGUGUAAAGAAAAUGUGGACAAUAUUUUGUGAGGCAUUCAUGUAAUGUAUAAUUACGUAAUUGUGUGUAUUGAACACACGUCCGGAUAUACUGGUUCCAUUGAAGCUGAGCUCUAGAAAAUUAUAAAGAACACACAAAAGUACAGGAUGUAUGUUUUGGCUUUUUUUUUCUUUUCCACACUGUGGUUAAUAUUUAAAAAGGUUAAAUGUCAAGAUCACUUUUAGAUCCGAGCCUUCACCUUGUGUCACCCGUUUGAUGAAUAUCAACACCAGACCAUCCAAGUAAAUGGUGAGUUUUGAUAAUUUGGGGCGAAGAUUCUCAUGGUGAGUAUAAACCCAUAUCUCAAAAAAAUGUAUUUAGCGUAAAUGGAAAAUGUUCAAAGGAAUAUUUUGCCAUCUAGUGGUGGAGAUCAGAACAUAGUCCAUCAUCAUCAUGUAUCACGGUCCAUGUUAAACAACUAUGAUCUAUGUAAAGAUAUAGUGGAGUAAUAUCUAACCGAGAGGGCAGUCGCUCUCCCUCUGCAUGUGUGAAUAUUCAAGCUUCUCCUUGUCUUGUGGGGCCUGUUGGCCUCUAUUAGUUCAUCACAGGUCACUCUGCACUGCUCCUGUAUGGUUACAGGUGCUCACUGUUAGCUCACUCAGCACUUUGGUCAAUGUUACUAAUCUUACUGCUGUUAGCUGGGAGCCAAUGAGAGGCCAUCCAAAUGCUCCUGUUCCCGUAUCUUGCAUCUUAUAGAGAAAUCUGAAUAAUACUAAUAUGUACCACAUGGUUAUGCUUGAUGCAACAAUUCUGCAUGUCUCAACUUUCUGUUUGCAUUCUUGCUAUUAAAUUGCAUGCUGCAGCAGCUGUAA